CUUUUACGUACACACGUGAAUGUAAGAACGGAUGGAAAUCUUGCUCUGAACUGUCAAUGGCACGACACAUGAAUAUAUCUUUCCUGGGCACCUCCAGCGGUGGUGGCCCUUCAAUUUCUCGCAACUGUUCUAGUCUAGUCGCAGACGUCAUGGGGGACGGCUCGCUAUGGAUGGUCGACUGUGCAGAAGGGACGGUGCGGCAAUUUCAGGUGCAGCAUCGCGGCCAAGGAGACCCAGUCCUUAAAGCGCUCAAAGUAACCAAGUUAUUUGUCACUCAUAUGCACGCUGACCAUGUAAUGGGAAUAAUCACUUUCCUUAGACAUGUCCUCCACCCGCCACUGAUAGCUCCCUCUGGCGACCUCCCACCUUCAGACGAUUCUCCCAAGAUCGAGCUUCACGGUCCUGCUGGCCUCCGUACAUUUGUUCGCUCGGUCUUUACCAUGACCCUCACCCACACAGGAGAGCGCUACGUAGUCCAUGAACUACUAACGUUAUCUGACACACCCACUUCAUGCAAUCCUGCUAUGCUUCAUCCGAGCGAAUGUCCUGGUCAGAAUUUCCUUUGUGAUGACGAUGGGUUCUGGAAAGGUGUCACGAGUGGCACAGGUUAUUACGGCGAGGUUGUAGUUGAUGCAGGACCAAUACUGCAUCGGGACCCUUGCAUAGGUUAUGUCUUCCACGAGCCUAACCCUCCGCAUCGCAAACUUGUCAUUCUGGGUGAUACAUACGAUGCAUCACCGAUUAUCCCGCUUAUACAAUCCUCUACAACCGCGCCCGUAUCACUCCUCAUUCAUGAAGCGACAGAUACGUACAUCUCUCGACAAAUUGACCCCUCAGCACGACGAACCAAAGACGAAGUGGAUAGCAAGGUUGCAGCAAGGGGUCACUCUACUCCGGUAAUGGCGGGCACAUUUGCGAAACAAAUUGGAGCUCAGAAAGUUGUUCUGAAUCAUAUUGGUAGUAGAUUUCCAGCUCCUAAACAACUCAAAAAUCCUCACGACUCCCGUUUUGCUGUCAUCGCCGAAAUUGAACGGCAAGCGAGCGAAGCAUGGGGAGGUGGCAAAGCCGUCGUCGCAUGCGACUUCAUGCGUAUAUCCAUUGCUGCUGAUCUGAACGAGGAAGAAUUUUCGGGUGUGGCAAUGGAGCUGGAGGAUGAAGUAGGUGAGAUAGCGAGAGGAAGAGAGCGCGGGAGAGGAAGAGGAAGAGGGACGCCCAGGGGAAUGAGCCGUGGAAGAUGGAGAAGUCAGUGGAGAGGACGGGGCAGAGGUGGCGGUGAUGUGGAUAGAGGUGGCAGUGAUAGCGGUCUCGGCAGAGGCAAAAAACGCAGGUUUGGAGAAUAGGCUCACUUCACGCCUUACGCGCGCGUGAGUCGAUAUUUUGAAGGGACACGUCAUAAACGUAGCCGUAAGUAAUCUUAAUCAUGUGUUGGUUAUUGCAAUGCCGUUAGUUUUUCUGGUGCGUCCAAGGGAGAAAGUGUUGCGGGCUUAUCAGACGCGGAACUAA